AUGAGCAGUAGCAGGUUCCAGAUCCCGUUGCUGAGUGUGACGAAUGUGAAGCCACGUUUGUUGGUGAUUGGCGGACAGUUUUCGGGCACCUUCGUUUGCCGAGAGUUGAGGCGGGACUUUGAGAUUACCUUAGUAGAUGCUAAGGAGUUUAUGGAGUUCACGCCUGGCAUCUUACGAGCCUUUGUGCGCCCUUCUCAUUUUGACUCCUUGAGUUUUACUCUUCAGCCGGUCAUGGAGAAGAUGGCGGUGAAGUUUGUGGCAGGAGAAGUGAAGAAGCUAAGCUUCGAGGAUGGUGAAGUGCUGGCUGCUGUGAAAGUUUUAGAUCCUGGUCAGGGUACAGAAGUUGAUUCGGAGGGCAUGGCGCUGCUGAAGCUCGAUGGCAUUCGAGUACUGCGUGAUUUGCUCCGGCUGAUCCGGUGGUCGCUGAUGGAGGUGCCAAAAAGCGCCGCUUACCCCGCUCAGAGUCCAUUAGUGCGCGCCUUGUUACACGUGAAAUGGGCAUCGUUGCUGCAGAAAGCCGGGAAGUAUGACCGGGCAGAGGAGCACUUCGGCCAGUCCCUGGCGCUGCUACCCUCGGCCCGCGCGCACUUCGGGCGCGGCACCUGCCUGGCGGCGCUGCGACGGCGCGAGGAGGCCUUGGAGGAGCUGUCGGAGGCGGUGGCGAUGUGUCCCACGAUGGUGGGGGCCAUCAUCAACCUGGCAGGCGUCCAGCUGGGCCUUGGUCGUUUCGACGAGGCGGAGCGCAACUGUCGUGAGGCCUUGCGCUUGGAACCGGAGAGCCGGGAGGCGGUGAUGAACCUGGCGAACGCCAUGCGCAACCUGGGCCGCCGCCGAGAGGCCGUGGAACUCGUCUGGCGCCACAUCGGCGAAGCCGUGGACGGCGUGGAUGUGGCGCAGCUGGCGCAGGUGGCGCAGGAGACGGUGAAGACGGAGAAGCUGGUGAUUGCAUGCCUGAAAUGGGGCCAUCGCUACAGCGCGGACUAUGUGAACCGCCUGAUGGCCUCCGCCCGUCGUCACUUGCCAUCCGCGCACCUCGCUGAAGCGCAGUUCGUCUGCUUCACCGAGGAUCCCAACGGCAUCGAUGAGUUUAUAGAGACCAGGAGCCUACCGGACGGCUUCCACUUGUGGUGGGGGAAAGCCUUCCUCUUCAGCGCCGAGGCCGGUUUGGACGGCCAUCGCGUUCUCUUCUUAGACUUGGAUCAAGUGAUCGUUGGCAGUUUGGAGCCGCUGCUGGCGUACCGAGGGCCCUUUGCAGUGCUGCACACGGAUGACAUCGCCUGUGAGUUGGCCCCCGGGGGCUACAACUCCUCGGUGCUCUCCUGGCGCGGCGCGGAGGUUUUGCGGCCGCUCUUCGAGGCCUUGACGCCUGCGGUGCUUCGAUAUGUCCAUCGUUUCGACCAUUGGUUGGAGAUGAUGUUGGGCACUACCGCAGACGUUUGGCAGCAGCUGGCACCGGGCGCCGUGGUCGACUACACCACCGUCUUCCGUGGCGGCCGCUGUCUGGGCUGCGACGACGACGGCGACGACGGCGCCUUCGCUGCCGGGGAGGACAACGGAACGGCCACGGCAACAGAGGUCGCGCUGCCGGCGGCGGCGGCGGUGGUGACGUUUCCCAGGAGCAACUUUGGUCCUUUUUCCAAGUGGGGUGAGUCCUUGUGGUUUCCGACCAUCCACGAGGCUGCCAGGAAGGAGAGCGAGUGGCCUGACAUCGACGAGCGAUAUCUCGAAGGCCGAAGACGACAUAUCCUGGAGGAACACGAGAAGCUGGCGGCACUGAAUGCCAGGCGCGCCGCUGUGCUGGUGGUGGGCGCCGGUUUCAUCGGCGUCGAAUGGGUCACGGAACUGCAGCACUUUUUUCCUCAGCUUCAGCUGACUAUCGUAGAUGUUUUGCCCAGAUGCUUGGGACCACUGCCGGAGCGUGCUGCCAAGUACUGCGAGAGAUACAUGAACAGAGUUGGCAUCAAGCAGGUCUAUGACAUCAAGUAUGACCCCGUCAGCCAGACCUUCUGGGAUCAAGUAGGUUUACCUGCCAAGGCUGAGAAAACGUUUGUUUGUAUCGGCGUGAAGGCGUCCAACUACUUCAUGCCGCCCGAGACCUUGAGCGUACGCGGCCCAGGCGGUGGCGGCUGGAUUCACUUCAAUCAGAAGUUGCAGGUCACAGAGCGUCCCCGGGGUAACGACCCCAUCGGAGAGCUCUGGGCCGAAGGACGAGUUUUCGCCGUGGGCGAUUGCAACUAUGGUUGCAUCGGAAACCCUCCCGACUGGAUCAUGGCGCCAGUGCCCAAGGUCUCCUUCCCUAGCGAAGAGCAAGCGGCGCACGCUUGCAGCAACUUGCGGACGAUGACCAGCGGAAGCCCAAAGGAGCUCAAAGAUACCUACUGGCCCUGGGGUGCAGGCAUGUUUGCCACCAGCCUUGGUCCUCGUGAUGCGUGUUUCGUGGCGGGCGCCAACCAUCAGAAAGGCUCUGGCUACAUGGUGAAUUGGUGGCUUCCUGCAGCCUGGCAGAAAGAACUCAUUGAAAGGACGAAAAUCAUGGAAUGCCGUGAUAACACCAUCGGACGGGCAGUUUGGCACUUCGUGCACCACCGACCCUUCCUUCAGUAG